UCACCAACAAAGAGCUUUUUUAUUCUCUGUUCUUAUCUGCACUCUAACAGUAGAGAUAAUGUUGGAUUUCAUAACGUGCAGGGUGGAGGUGACACUGAACGGGAUCAUACGCUUUCUGCCCAGUUUUGUUUAAAAGAGCCGACAAGGCUCGAUCCAAAUAUGCGUACGGACAUUGCUUUCAAAAGCUUUUUAUUGUUGGAUGGUCUUUAUGCUCUGCUUACUGUUUUGGUCUAAACACAAACCGCGGGGGGGGAAAAAAAUAAAAGUAACAAACUGUAAAAAAGCUGCGGUUGAUAUAUGUGUUCAGAAUGACAGAUUAGCAGAGGGAAAGGCCUGCGCAGGCCUUCACGUCUCUGUUGUCAACGCACUGAACGCCUUCACUCUGCAUGUGCGUUCUCAUGUUUCCUUUUGUGUCACAGCGCAUCAGGCAGCAGACUGCCCGCAGUUAGGUGCCGUCAAGCAGCCGCUUUUUAUCCAACUGCACUUAGAAUGGUUUUGUUGUUCAUCUAUUGUCGAUUCUGGGGAAAUUCUGCUUUUUUUUUUAUUUAUCAUGCUUUUUUAUUAUUAUUAUUAUUAUUAUAUUUUUACAUUUUUCUUCCCUUCUGAUUUGAUUACAUAAUAAUUGUUGAGCUGCUUAUCAACCCAAUUCCUGUCGCGAUUUUUUACUCCUCCGUUUUGUCCCAGCCACAUUUUUUUUGAAUUCGUAAUCAAACCAUUUCGUAACGUUGUACUUUAAACACGAUAUUCUCCCGUAUAAUUUACUGUAUGUAAUUUACUAAAUACCUUAAAUCACACAAAACUGUGUAGCGGGUGCUUGUCACUUCAGCUCUAACUUCGCAGUUUUACCGUUUUGUGGCUGACUUUGUAAUAAAAAGAGCAGGUCGCUCAAAGUUACGUUGAUAUGUCAGAUGUCAUAAAAGUUCACCUCCACAAAGCUGCAGUCAGCAUAAGUAAGACAUACAAUAAGAUUUUUAUUUUGUCGUAUAUAUCCAUAUGUUCUAGGGAGAAUGUGUUAGGAUCCUGUGUUGCUUUGAGGUUUGUUUAUUCCGUAUUCUUUAGUUUCUUUUUAUUUGAUCCCUCUAACAAAAACAGCGCUUAUUUCUGUUUUGCUUUAGUUCAGUCCUUCCUUAGUAAUUCUAGUUUAUUAUGUUUACUUCUUGUGUAGUUAUUCUUUGUUACUCUAGUUUAAUCAUGUUUAUUAUUAGUUAUUCUUUAGCGUUAGAUUCAUUUCCUACUCCUUGUGUACUCUCCUUCACCCCCUGUACCACUUUCUCACUCUCUCUCUCUCCUCAGUCUGUUUUCUGCUCUCUCCCCUCACACCUGCAGUCAGUUAGCUAAUCAGGCCAGGUCCAACUUUCCUUUACAGGCCUCCAUUAUCUUACACGCUUAUCCCUAGUGAGGUCAUGAGAGGUCCUGGGGUCUUCAGAGGUCAACAGGAGUGAGGCGAGAUCACACUACAGGUUGCCAGUCCAUCGCAGGGCAAUGGACACAGAGACAGACAGAGGACAAACAACCAUGCACACACACACCUAAGGAGAAUUUAGAGAGACCAUUUAACCUGACAGUCAUGUUUUUGGACUGUGGGAGGAAGCCGGAGUACACGGAGAGAUCCGACGCAUGCAACAAACAGAAAGACCCCUGGCCAGGAAUCGAACCCAGGACCUUCUUGCUGCAAGGCCACAGCUCCCAGCCCAGGUCCACUGUAUUCACUCUCCCAGUACUUAUACGCCUCCUCUCACUCCUUGCCAGUUCCUCUCGUCUACUCCCACUAUAUCCUGUUGUUCUUCCCCUCUUCUCUCUGCUGUUUUCCCUUGGAUUUAUAGUUUUUUGUCCUUCUCUGGAUUCCAUGCUUUCUUUUGAUUUUUGUGAGUUUUUUUGUUCUUUAAUUUUUCAUUAAAUCUUCAGCAUAGCUUGACGUUUCCAUUUGGGUCCAUCCACUAACACUUAUCAUGACAACACGGGGAUCUCAAUCACAUCUCUAUAGAAGUUCUUGAGCAACUGAGCAGGGAGUUCAACCAUUUUCAGUUUCCUGAGGAUGAAGAGUCUAUGUCGGGCCUUCAUCACCAGGAAAGACUUGUUCACUGACCAGGUCACAUCCAAGGUGAUGUGGAUGCCCAGGAAUGUGAUAUUGUCCUCACACUCCACCACCUCUCCUUGAAUUGUAACAGGUGGGUGUGCUGUCCUCCUGCAUCUCCUGUAGUCCACUAUGACCUGGUUGGUCUUGCUGGUGUUGAGUACCAGAUUGUUCAGUAAACACCACCGGGACAGGUGGUGGAUCUCUUUUCUGUACAGGGUCUCAUCAUGGUUUGUUACUAGACCCACUGCAGUAAUAUCAUCUGAACCCUGCUGGAGCAGUGGAUGGCUGCACAGUUGUGGGCAUAAAUGAGUUCAAAGCUAGAUGAAAAUGAGUCAAGACACAGAGACAAGAACACGAGCUCGUUCUAAAGCCAUCCGGGCAGAACAAGUUGGACAAGCAAUGAAGCUGGAAAUGAGCAGCAGCUGUCCCACCCCUGGAUGUGAUGGCAAAGGUCACGUCAGUGGAAGAUAUUCGAGACACAGAAGUGCGUUGGGCUGCCCAAUUGUAAAGAAAAGGAAGCUCCAGGAGGCCGAAAUUGAAGAGAACCCGCUGUCGCCCAGGAAGAGGAUCCAGCCCGCCAAACAGGCCGACGAGGACAGUGACAUGGCAGAAGAGGAGGAGCAGAAUGAGGAAGACGGAGAGGAAAAAGAUGGCAUCAAAGACAAAAAGAAAAAAGAAACAAAGAGCGAGACGGGAAAAGUUGAGCGUACCUCGGUGACCACAGACAACCCAGAACAACCUUACCCUUCACCUGACGAUAAGAGCAGAAGUAUCACCUCAGAGACCGAGAACAAAGUAGAGACAGAGAACUUUAGCGAGGAGGUCACAUGUGUGAUAAUCACAGAAGAAGAGGAGGUUCAGUCAGCAUCCGCGUGCCUCCCACCAGAGCUCCCAGCAGAAGAAACAACCGUCCCCUGCCAUGAAGAGACAAAAGACGAGGAAGAAGAUAAAGCAAAAACAGCAAACCUAGAGGAGGAGGAGGAGGAGGAGGAGGAAAGUCAGAGGAAUGUUGCAGAAGAGAUGGAGAUCAGAAGACAGGUGAUCAGGCAGGAAAAUUCUGAUCACCAGUACUCAAGUGGAGAUUACAAAAAUCAGGCCAAAGAGUCAAAACCGAUGGAUAAUAAUGAGACUGAAGAAGAGGAGGAGGAAGAGGAGGACGCAGAGGAGGAGGAAGAGGAGGAGGAAGAAGAAGAGGAGGAAGACUACGGAGCAGUGAGACAAGUUGAGACAGUUUUCAUUCAGGAAUCUGAAGCGACUGUGUCACUCAGGGAAGAACAGUGCGACACCCUCAGGGCCGAGGAAGAAGCAGCAGAGGAGAAGCAGAGCAGCAAAGCCGGAGAAGUGGAGCAAGAAGAAGAAGAAGAAGACGAGGAGGAAGAAGAUGAAGAUGACGAUGAAGAAGAAGGAAACUCAAGCAAGGCCUCUCCGAGCACCGUCAUCAUCGAAGUUCACGCAGAGGAGGAGGAGCACGAGGAGGACGAGGAGGAAGAGGAAGACGACGAGGAACUGGAGGAGGAAGAGGAGGAGGAGGAGGAAGACAGGGGAGAGGAACUGGAUCGCGUCUCCGAGGGAUCAGGCGUCACGGACGACUCUGAAAACUGGGACAUGACUCGAGGGAAUCUGGGGCUGCUGGAGCAGGCCAUCGCUCUGAAGGCAGAGGAGGUCCAGGGCGGUCAGGAGAGCAGCAGUUCUGUUGACUACCAGCCGAGCAACGCCUCCAUGAAGAACUCCGACGGUUCUGCUGGAGUCCGCCGCUCCACCCACUGUAGCAAAGAAAAGAAGGAAGUAAAGUGUCCAACUCCAGGCUGUGACGGAACAGGCCACAUCACUGGGUUGUAUCCUCACCACCGCAGUCUUUCUGGAUGUCCACACAAAGACAGAAUACCUCCAGAGAUUUUGGCCAUGCACGAAAAUGUCUUGAAGUGUCCCACUCCCGGCUGCACCGGCCAAGGUCAUGUGAACAGUAACCGCAACACACACCGCAGCCUGUCCGGCUGCCCCAUAGCAGCAGCAGCUAAACUGAACAAGAACCAGGACAAGCAAGUUCAUCUACAAGCUGCAGCCAGCGAGCCAACUUCAAACUCUGACAGAGUGCUAAGGCCAAUGUGUUUUGUGAAACAGCUGGAGAUCCCGCAGUAUGGCAGCUACCGCCCCAACACAGUGACAACCACACCUCGAGCUAACCUUGCCAAGGAGCUGGAGAAAUACUCCAAGGUUUCUUUUGACUAUGCAAGCUUUGAUGUGCAAGUGUUUGGGAAGCGUAUGAUUGUUCCAAAGACGCCCGACACCACCGACACAUCAACUAAAGUCUUCAAAUCUAAACCAUUUUCCAAGGCACCCUCGCCAAGCCAUGGUACAUCAGGAGGUUUAGCCAAGAACAUCCCAUCCUCCAGUGGAUGGGGUGCAGAGGACGCAGAGGCAGCCCAUAUGGCGGCAACAGCAAUCCUCAACCUGUCCACCCGCUGCUGGGAGAGACCGGAAACCUGCAGCACUAAACUCCUGGAGCCUUCCACCAAGGAGGUCGCGAUUGAGGUGGAUGAGAAUGGCACCUUAGACCUGAGCAUGAAAAAAACCAAGAGAGACGACAUACAGUCUGCAGAGGCUGCAUGUUCUUUGCCUUCCUCCUCUCAGCUUGUGGAUGCCACGUUGUCUCAGGACCAUCCUCAGUCAGAUUGGGAAGGUCCACUAGAUUUCACCAAACCCACUGAAGACAAGGAGGAAGACCAUGAAGAGAUGGAAUACACAGCUCCUUCAUAUACAUCAUCGGAUGAUGAGGAAGAGAACCAAGAAAACUCGGAGGACCGGAAAUACCCCGGUGAAGUCACUACCAGCAGUUUUAAAGUCAAGUUUCAGCCCAAAGACAACAAAAAAGAAGUUAUUGUAUGUCCGACACCAGGCUGUGAUGGCAGUGGGCACAUCACUGGCAAUUAUGCAUCACAUCGAAGUCUGUCAGGCUGUCCUCUUGCUGAUAAAUCACUUCGGACCCUCAUGGCUGCCCACACAGCUGAACUGAAGUGUCCGACUCCAGGCUGUGAUGGAUCGGGUCACAUCACUGGAAACUAUGCGUCGCACAGGAGUUUGUCUGGAUGUCCACGGGCCAAGAAAGGAGGAGUCAAAUCAGCACCUUCCAGGGACGACAAGGAAGAAUCUGAGCUGCUGAGGUGUCCAGUUCCUGGCUGUGACAGUCUUGGACACAUCAGUGGAAAGUAUGCUACCCACCGUAGUGCCUAUGGCUGUCCCCUUGCAGCAAAGCGACAGAGGGAAGGUCUACUAAAUGGCACUCCUUUCUCUUGGAAGGCCUUUAAGACCGAAGGCCCGACCUGCCCGACACCAGGCUGUGACGGUUCUGGUCAUGCUAAUGGCAGUUUCUUGACACACCGCAGUCUCUCAGGUUGUCCGAGAGCUCCAGCCAGCAAGAAGAAAGUCAAGCUUCCUGGAGACGAAUAUAUAACAGCAAAGUUCAGAGCAAGCGACGUUCUGGAUAAUGAUGAAGAUAUCAAGCAGCUGAACAAGGACAUCAGUGACCUGAAUGAGUCCAACGCAGAGAUGGAGGCCGACAUGAUGAAUUUGCACACUCAGAUUUCUUCAAUGGAGAAGAACCUAAAGAACAUGGAGGAGGAAAAUAAACAGAUAGAGGAGAAGAAUGAAGCUCUGUUCUUGGAGCUAUCUGGUCUGAGUCAGGUAUUAAUUCGCAGCCUGGCCAACAUCCGCCUGCCUACCAUGCAGGAACCAGUGUCCGAGCAGAACUUCGAUAAUUAUGUGGAGACUCUGACGUACAUGUUCACCAAUAAGGACUGCUACCAAAACCCCGACACCCGGGCCCUGCUGGAGUCCAUCAGCCAAGCGGUAAAAGGCAUAGAGCAUGUUGUUGGAUGACGUAUGAGCCAGAACAGACGACUGCAUGUCGAGUGUGUGUCACCGCGCUGGCAUCCAAAGGUUACUUUAAGUCAGGAAGACAAAGUGCAUAACCAGGAAAUGUGUGCAGAACAAAAUAAUAA